AUGCCAUCCAACUUUAAUCCAGCCCUAAUAGCUACCCAGAAGGUCGAUCCAGGUCCUGGAUCUGCUUCCCAAGCUGGUGACGCAAAAAUUAAUACUUCUGGCCAAGUAGUUCCUGAAAUUUUCGAUCACUCUAUGAUGGAUUAUCCAGCAACCAUCCCUGAGCAGUCUAAUGAAGCUGCUCCAUAUCAUAAUACAGUAGCAGACACGGUAUCUUGUCUAGCAACUGGAAAAGGAUUAGAACGUCUGCCAGUAAAGCCAAACACAUUCACCGUUCCAGACUGGAGUGAUAGUGAAUCGUCGAACGAAGGCGCCGCUCCUCCUCCUCCACUUCCCCCCUCUACUACCACGUCUGUUUCUCUCCCAGAAGAGACUACUGCUACUGUUUCCAACAAUCCUCUAGCUCCCUCCGCCGAGAAUGUUAGGAUGACCUUUACUGGAGGUGCCUCUGCAGAUGUAUCUGUAAUUGGUGAGGUCCCAGGUGCAGCAGAAGAGCUUUCUGGAGUCAUUUCUGCGGGGAAUUUCGGGGAAUUGCCGUCGCCAUCUGCACAAAAAAGGGAUAUGCUUGCAGCUUUCCAGGAGGCUCUCGCCUUUGGCUCUCGCUUGAGCAGAAUAGAAGAAGAACCCCCUGAAGAUAGCGCUCAAAAAUUUCCCCACGGCGACUCUGUUCAAGUAAAACACGCAACCUCUAAAAAACGAGACGAAAAAGCCGUGCGGUUUCUCAUGGAGGAUUCCAUUACGGAAAAAGACUUUAUUUCGCACCUUUCAAAUCCACCUGUGGAAGCCCGUGGUACGGAACGACUCGGUUUUUUGACAGCCUAUACAGAGUUGGCUAAUAAAUUCGAAGAAAUCGAAGAAACAUACACAAUAAACCAACCAGAAGCCUCCCAUUCCAGCUCAACUCUUUCCUCUCCACCAACAGACUUGGAUACUCCUAUUAUUCCUCAACCUCUACCUCCACCUCCAACCGUACAUCGUCGAAGCGGGCGAGAACGACGAGCUCCAGAGAGAUACGAUGCCGACCACGAGCCCAUUCAGGUGAAAAGAAAGAUCAAAUCUGACAGAGCGCCUAAGAAUAAGGCCAUACCCAACCCCAAACCCACAGUAAAGAAACACGAAAGAAGCCCGAUUCGGAAGAAGAAACCUACAAAGAAAGGAUGUGGUGCUCGACGAUCAGCACCCAAAUCUAAAUCUAUUCCUCAACAGACUGUUUCUGUGAGCAGUAGGGGAAGGGUGCGGCUACCCACUGUGAGGUAUACUCCUUGAAGUGAUUUGUGUAGUACAUGUACCCAGGAAAUUUUGUGGCUCUGUUUUUUUUUUUUUCUCCUGUCGAUAUUUGUGUUAAAAUUUUCAUAAAUCUAUCGAAUAUCGUUAAUAGAAGUACGUUUUUCUGUGAAUCGAGAUUUAAAUAAAAUGGAAUUUCG